AUGCUUGUCCUGGUCGCUGGAGUUACGGGGGACCUAGGUACCCGCAUGAUCGAGACAAAGUCAGUUUCCUCCCACGAUGUUGACGGCAUGGGGGAAGCCGCAACGGCGUCGGCGCCAUUCAAUGUCUUCGCGUACCAGAGGGAGAUCGUGCAGCUGGAGGAAAGUGAGCAGGGUGGGUACUGGAAUGUUUACUUGGAAGUCCAGUCUCUGCUCGGCAUUCCUCGAACCUAUGAGAAGGCGAGAGGGCGGAAGGUGAUGGUCAGGUGGAAAGGUUCAGUGGAAGAUCUGAGAAGACAUGUGCUUGAGGCCAGGAGCAAAGCGGCAAAAAGUAUCAAGUUCAAAAUCUCCACAUACGAUCUCCGAGUCACCAGCAAAGCAACAAAAAUGGUUUAUCUGUCCGAGGUUAGGGCAUCCAACAGGCAACUCACAGCCGCAACAGUUCCGCAGGUGUCGGUUUUCGUCGGUGCAACGGCAGGAAUUGGCAGAGCAGCCCUGUCAGAGCUUAUAUAUACUGGUUUCCCUGUGAAAGUGUAUAUAAUAGGUCGCGAUGAGGCGGCAUUUAAGCCCAUUUUGAGCGAGCUUCAGACCUCAAAUCCGUCUGCCACCCUAAUUUUCCUGCAGGGUGAGGUCUCGUUGAUGGCGGAAGCCAAGCGUCUUACGGAUACAAUCCUUAGCCGGGAGACCUAUAUCGACUUACUUUUCCUUUCGGCUGGCUUCCUGCCCUUCCUGGGGCGACAAGAAGGAAUUGAGCUGUCCACCGCCGUGGCGUACUAUAGCCGGCAGAUCUUUAUUCGCCGCCUGUCUCCCCUCCUCCGAGCAAAAGCAGCCAAGCGUGACGCCGACAGACUAUCAUUUCGGCCCCGCAUCGUCAACGUUCUCGCCGCGGGUGCAGAAACGUCCGACCUAUUCCUCGGUGACCUUCAGCUGAAGGAACCCGGGCACUUCAGUGUUCCCAGCUAUGCGGGCCACGUUGCGACCAUGACCUCAGUGAGCCUCAAGCGACUCGCUGAGCAAGCAGAGAACAAGGACAUUGUCAUCAUCCACCACCACCCGGGCCUUGUGUCUACCGAUCUCUUUAAGAAAAGUUGGGGGGAUCAAUGGGGUGAAACUAAACAACAUGGCAGCGUCACUGCCCCUGCUGAUAUUGAACGCUCAACCCCUGCGGAAGCCGGGGAGCGCUCGCUUUACGUGAUGACCAGUGCUAAGUACGGCGGGGAAGGGGCACCUAUGGAGGAGGGACAAGAGGCCGGCCUGACUGUCAAUGGGACGAAGGAUGGAUCUCUCCUGUGUGUGGGCUAUAAGCUGGAGACUCUGAGCCUUGGCGAUCUCCUUAAUUCCCUUGUAGACAGCGGGGCAGCCGAUACAAUCUGGGGUCACACUAACAAGCUCAUUGGAAGGUACUUGUGA